GAGGUGGCAGCAGAAUGCAGAGCAGCUGAUUCUGUUACGAGGCUAAAAAUAAUUCACUUUUCUCUGCUCACUUCUUCUCCCUGUCAAAUUCUUUCUUUACUCCUCUUCCUCCUUCUCUCUGUUUUUUGAAGAAAAAACGUUUUCAAGGAAUGAGUCACUGAGGAUUAUUACUUUUGUCUGAGGUCAUGGAGCGGCCGGAGUACGAGGGCUUGUCGUUUUGCGGCAACAACGCCACCGUCGAUGCCUACAGCGUGAGAAGGGGUGUGUGGAACAAUGGCUGCUUCGUGGACGCUCUCAACCUGGUUCCUCAUGUGUUCCUGCUCUUCAUCACCUUCCCCAUCCUCUUCAUCGGUUGGGGAAGUCAAAGCUCGAAGGUCCAGAUCCAUCACAACACGUGGCUUCAUUUCCCCGGACACAACAUGAGAUGGAUCCUCACCUUCUCGCUGCUGUUCGUCCAAGUGUGCGAGUUCGCAGAAGGAAUCGUCUCCUGCAAGACGAUGGAAACCAACAACCUGCAUCUGUACCUGCCUGCCUUCAUGGGUUUUGUAGCGACCACGACGUCAGUGGUUUAUUACCACAACAUAGAGACGUCCAACUUUCCCAAACUGUUGCUUUUUCUCUUCAUUUACUGGGUGCUGGCGUUCGUCACCAAGUCCAUCAAGCUGUGGAAGUAUGCAGAGUACAACGUGGGACCACGGCACCUGAGGUUCUGCAUCACGGCCCUGUUGGUGAUCCUGUACGGACUCCUGAUGGGCGUGGAGGUCAACGUCAUCAGAAUCAGGAAAUACGUGUUCUUCGCCAAUCCUCAGAAGGUGAAGCCACCAGAAGAUCUGCAGGAUCUGGGCGUUCGAUUCCUGCAGCCGUUUGUCAACUUGCUCUCCAAGGCGACCUACUGGUGGAUGAACCCUCUCAUCAUGGGAGCCCACAAAAGGCCGAUAGAGCUGAGGAAGAUCGGCAAGCUGCCCAUCGCCAUGAGGGCGCUCACCAACUACCUCCGGCUCAAAGACGCCUACGAGGACCAGAAGACAGCGGAGGACCCGAGUCGAUCCCCGUCCAUCUGGCGCUCCGUGUACCGAGCGUUCGGGCGUCCCAUCCUGCUCAGCAGCACCUUCCGCUACCUGGCCGACCUGCUGGGCUUCGCCGGGCCGCUCUGCAUCGCCGGCAUCGUGAGGAACAUGGAGGUCGACAACACCACCUCACAGAUGACGGAAACCUACUUCGGCGUCCCCUUCAUGUCCUCCGCCAAGCUGCUGCAGAACCCGUCCGUCCUGGCCGUCCUUCUCUUCCUGGCUCUGAUCCUGCAGAGGACCUUCUUACAGGCCUCGUACUACGUCAGCAUAGAAACGGGCAUCAACCUGCGCGGAGCCCUGCUGGCGAUGAUUUACAACAAAAUCCUGCGUCUGUCCACGUCCAACUUGUCCAUGGGCGAGUUGACGCUCGGGCAGAUCAACAACCUGGUGGCCAUCGAGACCAACCAGCUGAUGUGGUUCCUCUUCCUCUGCCCGAACCUUUGGGCCAUGCCCGUUCAGAUCGUGAUGGGAGUGAUCCUGCUCUACUACUUCCUGGGCUGCAGCGCGCUGGUGGGCGCGGCCGUGAUAGUUCUGCUGGCUCCGAUACAAUACCUCAUCGCCACCAAGCUGGCCGACACGCAGAAGAUCACACUAGAUCACUCCACCGAUCGUCUGAAGAAGACCACGGAGAUCCUGAAGGGUAUAAAGCUGCUGAAGCUCUACGCCUGGGAGAACAUCUUCUCUGACAGCGUGGAGGAGACCAGAGGCAAAGAGCUCACCAGCCUCAGGACCUUCGCUUUCUACACGUCCAUGUCCAUUUUCAUGAAUGCUGCGAUCCCCAUCGCUGCUGUUCUAUCGACGUUUGCGACUCAUUGGUUCCUGAAUGAAACCGUUCCCGGUCCUUCGGAGGCCUUCGCCGCCCUGGCGCUGUUCCACAUCCUGGUGACUCCGCUCUUCCUGCUCUCCACCGUGGUCCGGUUCGCUGUGAAGGCUCUGGUCAGUGUCGAGAAGCUCGGGGAGUUUCUUCAGAGCGACGAAAUCGGAGACGACAGCUGGAGAAACGGAGACAUGUCUCUUUCCUUCGAAGCAGGAAAAAAGAACCUCGGGAUGACCAAGGCCAUCAACAGGAAGCAGCCGAUGCGCUACCAGAUGGACAACUACGAGCAGCCGAGCAGGCGGCAGAUGAGGCCCUCGGAGACGGAGGAUGUGGCUGUGAAGGUGAGCAAUGGAUUCUUCACCUGGGGGAGUAACCUGUCCACGCUGUCCGACAUCAACAUCCGCAUCCCGACAGGUCAGCUGACGAUGAUUGUGGGCCAGGUGGGUUGUGGGAAAUCCUCCCUGGUGCUCGCCAUGCUGGGUGAGAUGCAGCCCAUCGACGGAAGAGUCCACUGGAGCAACAAGAACAGAUACUCUGUGGCCUACGCUGCCCAGAAGUCCUGGCUGCUCAACGCGACACUGGAGGAGAACAUCACCUUCGGGAGCCCGUUCAGUAAACAGAGGUACAAAGCUGUGAUUGAAGCCUGCUCUCUGCAGCCAGACAUCGACCUGCUGCCUUUCGGAGACCAAACUGAGAUUGGAGAGAGGGGCAUCAGCCUGAGUGGAGGUCAGCGACAGAGAAUCUGUGUGGGACGAGCUCUGUACCAGAACACCAACAUCGUCCUCUUGGACGACCCUUUCUCGGCGUUGGACAUCCACCUCAGUGAUCACCUGAUGCAGGAAGGAAUCCUCAAGUUCCUGCAGGACGAUAAACGCACCGUGGUCCUGGUCACUCACAAACUACAGUAUCUUAUUCAUGCAGACUGGAUCAUAGCGAUGAAGGACGGCUCCAUCCUGAGGGAGGGAACCCUGAAGGACAUUCAGACUCACGACGUGGAGCUUUACGAUCACUGGAAGACUCUGAUGAACAGACAGGACCAGGAGCUGGAGAAGGACAUUCAGCAGGACAGUCAAACGACACUGGAGAGGAAAGUUCUGAGGAGAGCUUUCUACUCCAGAGAAGCCAAGAUGGACGACGAGGAUGAAGAGGAGGAAGAGGAGGAAGAAGAAGACGACGACAUGUCCAUGACCACAAACAGACGAUCAAAGAUCCCAUGGAGGGUGUGCUGGUGUUACUUGUCCUCCGGGGGUUUCUUCAUGGUCUUCCUCAUGGUGUCCUCCAAGCUGCUCAAACACUGCGUCAUCGUGGCUGUUGACUACUGGUUGGCCCGGUGGACGUCCUCCAAGACCAACCUGACUGCGUCCAAUGAAACCAGCAGCAACAUCACCCUCCCCUGUUCUCCGGCGGCGGAGGACGACUCCUAUCUGCUGGUGUUCAGUAUCCUGUGUGCGGCUGGGAUCACGCUGUGCCUCAUCACCUCCCUCACUGUGGAGUUCCUGGGCGUCUCUGCAGCCACCAACCUGCACCACAACCUGCUCAACAAGAUCAUCCACGCUCCCAUCAGGUUCUUCGACAUCACUCCUCUGGGGCAGAUCCUCAACAGAUUCUCAGCUGACACCAACAUCAUCGAUCAGCACAUUCCCCCGACACUGGAGUCGCUGACGAGGUCCACGCUGCUCUGCCUGUCGGCCAUCGGGGUCAUCUCCUUCAUCACUCCUGUGUUUCUGAUCGCUCUGGUUCCUCUGGGCAUCGCCUUCUACUUCAUCCAGAAGUACUUCAGAGUGGCGUCCAAGGACCUGCAGGACCUGGACGACUCCACCCAGCUUCCUCUGCUCUGUCACUUCUCUGAGACGGCUGAGGGGCUCACCACAAUAAGAGCAUUCAGACACGAGGCUCGUUUCAAACAGCGGAUGCUGGAGCUGACGGACACGAACAACACGGCCUACCUGUUCCUGUCGGCCGCCAACCGCUGGCUGGAGGUCCGCACGGACUACCUGGGGGCGGUGAUCGUGCUGACGGCGGCGGGAGCGUCCAUCUGGAGUUCAAGCUGUGGAGGCAUGCUGGGACUCGGACUCACGUACGCCCUCACGGUCACCAACUACCUGAACUGGGUCGUGAGGAACCUGGCCGACCUGGAGGUGCAGAUGUCGGCGGUGAAGAAGGUCAACAGCUUCCUCAGCACCGAGUCGGAGAACUACGAGGGAACGAUGGACGCCUCUCAGGUGCCCGAGGACUGGCCCCACGACGGGGAGAUCAAGAUCCAGGACCUGAGCGUGCGCUACGACCCGAUGCUCAAACCGGUGCUGAAGCACGUGAACGCCUACAUCGAGCCGGGCCAGAAGGUUGGAAUCUGCGGCCGCACGGGCAGCGGGAAGUCCUCCCUGUCCCUCGCCUUUUUCAACAUGGUGGACAUCUUCGAAGGAAAGAUCGUCAUCGACGGGAUCGACAUCUGUAAACUUCCUCUGCCGACUCUGAGGUCGAGACUCUCCAUCAUCCUCCAGGACCCCGUGUUGUUCAGUGGAUCCAUAAGGUUUAAUCUGGAUCCAGAGCGGACGGGCACUGAUGAUCGACUCUGGGAGGCUCUAGAGAUCGCCCAGCUGAAGAACAUGGUGAAGGCUCUGCCUGGAGGACUAGAUGCCGCGGUGACAGAGGGAGGUGAGAACUUCAGCGUCGGUCAGCGGCAGCUCUUCUGUUUGGCUCGAGCCUUCGUGAGGAAGAGCAGCAUCCUCAUCAUGGACGAGGCUACAGCUUCUAUCGACAUGGCCACGGAGAACAUUCUACAGAAAGUUGUGAUGACGGCGUUCGCAGAUCGAACAGUCGUCACCAUCGCACACCGUGUGGCCUCCAUCCUGGAGGCGGAGCAGGUGCUGGUCUUCUCCUCUGGGAUCUUGGUGGAAAGUGACUCGGGUCCCAGUCUGCUAGCACAGCAGGAGAGUCUCUUCAGUGUGCUACACCGAGUCCAAACCAUCCUGAAGGCCGACCUGGUCAUCGUGAUGAAGCGAGGGAACAUUCUGGAGUACGACAAACCCGAGACUCUCCUGGAGCAGGAGGGGGGGAUGUUCGCCUCGUUCGUCAAAGCCGAUCUGUAAACACAUGAGGAGGCGGCGUCCGGAUCUAUGAAUCAAAACUUCUGUGACGCUAAAACUCGCCAGAGAAGCAAAUAACGAGGAGAAGCUUUUUCUGUGGAGGAGGAAACACCGGAGGUCACUUCCUCUCUGAUGCUUCACAUCAGUUAUUAUGAUCAUCUGCUCCAUCGGCUGAUUCCUCCUGUUUUCACAUCGACAUGAAGAAUUGAGCUGAAGCACUUAAACAAGUUUUUCAGAUUCAGAGAGAUUUUUAUGUUCUCUGAUCAGAAACAUUUUUAUCAACCAUAGUUAAAAUAGAAAUGGGAAUAAUCAGAAUAAGAAACUGUUCAAACUAGUGAAAAUUACUUUUUAACAUCAAACUCUUCAAGAAGAAAAUUGGAGGUCUCAGAUAAAUACUUUUUUACUUUGGUUUUGGUGUUUUGGAAUUUUCCUGAACAUCAGGAUAGAAAUUAUGAUUUCAAUGAGAUUUCACUUCAGGUUUUUAUUAAAUCCCUUUAAACUUUGUACAGACUUCAGAGUUAAUUCAAUAGUUUCAGUUUGAGCUGAACUUUUAAAUCCUGAAUCUUUUUUUUUACGGAACUUGACUGAAAAGUCUUUAAUUAUCUUGUGUAAAAAUAUUCUUUUGAAUUUAUCACCACAUGUAUCAGUUUACGCUCGAUCACUUAUAUUAUGCAACAAUAAGGACAAGAGAAGUUUAUAUCUAGUUUUAUUUGAAUCCUGUUUUAUAUGAUUGAAUGUACAAUCUGUUUCACUGUAAAGGAUUUAAAUCUUAAUAUUUUAAACCCAGGUGUAGAACCUGCUGCAUUUUUAGACACAGAAGUAAAAGUAUUAUAUCACAGUUGUGUUCAGAAAAGACUUUGAUGAACAGUUUGUUGUUAAACCGACGAAGAAGGAGAAACGCUCAUCGACUCGUACCUUCCUCCUCCGAACGGGUUCCACUGAGGAGUUCUACGUUGGGGGAUUUGCCGCCAUCUUUUUUAGUUUGGAGUAUUUCUGCAACCAACAUGGACAUCAGACCUUUUUUUUAAAGUCCUUGUUCUGACUUGCGUCUCUUCCCAGUUCUCCAGGACGAGCUCAUCUCUCAGCUGCAGCCAUUUUUGAUAUAACUGCAAAUCUACAGUUAUCUUAAAGGGUUUUUUUAUUGCAUUGAUAAAUGUAUUUUUCACAGGUUUGCUGUUUUAGUUCCAAAAUAAAUCAAGAAUUUCUUUAUUCAGUAAAUAGUGAAAUUAGGAUUUUAAUUUGUGAAAAUGCCUUUAAAAGCAGAAGAUUUGUAAACGUGUGGAUUUUACUUCCAGCUCUGUCACUGUUCUAUCGGUUGUAUUUCUAUGUUUCACUAGUACAAACACUGAAGGGUGUCGCGGCUCGGUCCGACGCCGGCGAACCCGCUGUCUGUCUGCCGUCGUGCUUUGCUGAACCCUUUUAUCGUCGGGGGGGGGGGGGGACGAUAGACGGUGAAACACGAGCUCCCGUUGACCCGAGAGGUCGAUCAGGACUGAGAGUGAGACGGUGACGCAGAGUCGAUCCAGAACAAACUGAAAUGACAGAAACCGUCUUUGAGAGAAAAGUAUUCAACGUCUUAUUUUGACAUUUCAGUUCGGUGACAUCUGCUAACAUGGAGGAGACAGGUUUUAUGACCUAUACUGCUGCCAGCCACCAGGGGGCGAUUGAGAUGGUUUGGCUUCACUUUCUCGGCGCCGUCAUGUCGUCCAUCUUCAUUCUCAGUCUACGAUUUACUUUUUUCACUUAAAUUAAAUCUUCCUGUCGUAUUAUUGGAGGAAUUGAGCUCAACUAUAAUGUUAUAAUGUUAUUUCCAUUUAUAGUUUUUAUAAUGAUAUCUACACAUAUACAUAUUUCUAACAAAGAAAAAACUAAAGGGACAAAUUCACAGGUUUCACAGUCGGAGUCGAUCUGAAAACUUGUUUCUUCAGUUCUUCUAGAAUCCCUGGUUCUGUGGCUCUGUCUCUUUUUUUAAUAUCGUUUAUUGAUUAAUUCUUUUCUUUUCAACUUCCUUUUUAAACUAAACAGAAUUUCUCUCACGUGUUUUAAACGAAGCUGCAGUUUGUUUUUCUCUUUUCUCUUUUCUGCUCAAAUUCAAACCUGAAACUCAGAUUUGUGCCAAAUGAAGAAAAAGCACAAAAUGAAGUCGACACGAACUCUAUCAGAACUUUGACGACUGUUUUUAUUCUUCCUCUUAAAAUCACAUGACUGUUAAAUAAACAUGAUUUUCAGCUGCAGAUGAAGUUUAGUUAAUUUUUUUAAGUGUGUACAUGUACAGUUUGUAGGAGCCUGUGAAUCCAGGAGUUUUUAAACUUAUACAAACUCUUAUAUUAUUAUGAUUCUGUGUGCCUGAGUUUUUUACACUUGAAAUGAAAAUAAAAAUGUUUUUGAGUGAAGUGAAA